CGUUAUUCUGAACACAACAGCUCUGAGAUCUUCAAGCUCUACAGAACUUCUACAGAUUCGUUCUGUCAUUGUGAAGAAGCAUCUUGAAGAAUGAGAAGCCUGAUGUGUGUGCUGUUCCUGGUGCUCUUCUGCUCUGUGCAGAUGACUUCAAGUGCUCCCCAUGCAAUUGGUGCACAAUCAAACUGCUGUGUAGAGUUCAAAAAUGUGAGGAUUCCUAUAAAGCAAGUGGUGUCUUACUACUGGACCAGCAGCAACUGUGCCAAACGCGCUAUUGUGUUUAAGACAGUUGUUGGGAGAGAGAUCUGUGUAGAUCCAGAGACGACCUGGGUGAACCACCAUGUUGAUAAAGUGGACAAAAAAACAACAACUGCAGCUGCUGCUGCAUCAACAACCUCUCCUACAGCAAAGACUCAGAGCCUCACAAUCUAAAAGAAGCUACACUGUUUCUA